AUGUUGUCCAUCGUGCUUUAUGAUGUAAAUUUCACAUUAUCACAUGAUCGCAUCCACCUUCGUUCAAAUACCACUUGCAUGAAUAAUGUUAUCACAGAGGGCCACCUUCGCUGGUUAGGGCACAUUCUCCGUCGUCUACCACACGAGUUGACGCAUAUUUCGUUAUUUGCUAAACCGUGUGACGGUUGGCGUCAAAAGCGAGGUGGGCCAAUCAAGACCUGGACUGAUAUGGUGGAAAAAGAUUUUGAACGUAUAGGUGGACCAGCAAUAUAUGGAGUUAGACGAUGGAAAAAGGAAUGGCUUCUAUUAAUGUCGACGACAGCAUCAGAUCGUGCCGCUUGGAAGCGUCUUACCCUUGUAGCCGUUGGAGCGAGCCUAACUAGUAAUGGUGAGAGCCGUUAG